AUGAUGCUCACCAACCAGCGUCUCCACCCUACACCAUGUCCAAGCAAGUACAACAUGAAGUGGUCGAAAGAUAGCAGCAUGCACCAGGCAGGUGGUCGGGGUUGGGUUGGAGGUGGCCUAUUAGCGGCCAGUGGCCGUGCGGAUCCGUCAGCCAUUGGAAACGAUGGAUGUGGCACCGAACCCAGGGAAAGCUUGGCUUCGGCCCCAAUUUCCGGUCUCAUCUCCAAGCCGGAAUUGCGACGGGCCCUGUCUGCUUCCAGUCAAUGCUUGUCAUCUGUGCGCCUGUCUGGUCUCUGCGACGACGUCCAUCGUCGCGUUCGGAGAAACCGGCCCUGCAAAACCCUCCUCCUCCUCGACGUCUGCCCUCAGGAUGCAUUGGUGAUGUCUGCUGAAAGCGUCAGAGCCUCGUCGCGAUGGGCUACCCGUUCGAUCCCCCUGGUGCUCGCUGUAUCUAUAGGAUACGCUACUUACGUCACAGCUGCCCGCGUCUGUGCCGACUACCUCAUUAAUGAUCGACGCGACACCGGCCCCGCCAUUGCCAUCCUCGUCCUGUACUUCCUCCUGCUGCUUCUCAUGAUCGCAGCGUACCUCCGCACGGUGCAUAUGAUCAACACCGACAUCCCCGUCGUUCCCCUCGGCCCGUUAGCUCUCGAGCGGAAAGCCAACGAGAAGAGACACUCAGACAACCAUCGUAGCGACGGUGACCUGGAAGGCCGGCCUUAUUAUGCUGCCCCCGAUCCGAAUCCCGACAGUCCCGGCCUGGAACAGUUCUAUACCAAGGAUGUCUUCGUCUGCGAGAACGACGGCAGGCCCAAGUGGUGCUCCGAGUGUUGCAACUGGAAACCCGAUCGAGCGCACCACAGCAGUGAGAUCAAUCGUUGUGUGAUGCGCAUGGACCAUUACUGCCCAUGGGUUGGCGGAAUGAUUGGGGAAAAUUCAUUCAAGUUCUUUACCCAAUUCACCAUGUACACAUUCUGUUUUUGCGGCGUUGUACUAGGAGCAGCCGGCUCUACCCUGAAAAGGGAGGUCUAUGACGGUGCCUCAGCAGACCCCCACCUCAUUGCGAUUCUUGCAAUCGCUGGCUUCUACGGGCUUUUCACUUUCUUGAUGACUGUGACAUCCUGGAGAUAUAUAGCCACAAACAUGACGAAUGUGGAUAUGCUAGGAGCCAGACGCAAGGUCUACCAACUUGCGGUCCGAAUUCCGCGAGGCAGUGGAGCUACGGAAAAGUACCACACCGUGACUUAUCCCUUGCCAAACCCAACGCAAAUGCCCAAUGGGCAGCCAGAUGCCGGAAGAGAUGCCCUAGCAAACCGGACUUUUGCGAUAUUGAAGACAGACCCCGGCGAGAAUCCAUGGGAUCUAGGAGUGUGGGAGAACUGGAAGGAAAUCAUGGGCCCGAACGUACUGGACUGGUUUCUUCCCAUCAGGAGAUCGCCAUGUACUAAUCACGACAAUCAUGAAAGUUUCUAUCGUAUGGGCUCGCUACUGAACAAAGUUCGAGCAGAGUACGGCAUUGAUGCAUUACCCGAAGACGAGACAGGUCGCAUGGAGUUGCGGGAUCUAGGAGGGAACAGGUCUUAA